GUGCUCCAGCCCGGAGGGCCCACUGACCGACGGAGCGACGUGGGCGCCCCGCUCUCCUCGCCCCUGCGGCGGCGGGCGCGGGGCCGCGAGGUCAGGCCGGAGCUCUGCAGCGCGGGCAGGCGGGUUGUGCAUAGCGGUGCCCAACGAGCCAGCGGCAGCCGCACUCCUGCAGGUGGCAGUGACCUUCCAGCUCGUGCUUUGGCCUCUAGAACCAGAGAACAGAAUUCUUGCCUUCGUUUUGGCUUCCCAAUGCCUAUGUGCACACCACAUUCUAGCAGGGGAAGAAGGGCGGAGCUUGUCGGAUGACGAUGGACUUCCCACUGGGCAGGAUGCGGACAGAGUAUGUAAUAUCACCAACGCAAGGGUGCAGUGUGACCUUCCUCACGUCCCAUCCCUCUGCCUUCCGGACCCACCAUGGUGUUUGGUGAGUUUUUCCAUCGUCCUGGAUCAGAGGAGGAACUUGUCAACUUGAAUGUUGGGGGCUUUAAGCAAUCUGUUGACCAGAGCACACUCCUGCGCUUCCCUCACACUCGCCUGGGGAGGCUGCUCAUGUGCCACUCCGAAGAGGCCAUCCUGGAGCUGUGCGAUGACUACAGCGUGGCUGAUAAAGAGUACUAUUUUGAUCGUAACCCCUCACUGUUCAGAUAUGUGUUGAACUUUUAUUACACGGGGAAGCUGCAUGUGAUGGAGGAGCUGUGCGUGUUCUCCUUCUGCCAGGAGAUUGAGUACUGGGGCAUCAAUGAGCUCUUCAUUGAUUCAUGCUGCAGCAACCGCUACCAAGAGCGCAAGGAGGAGAGCCAUGAGAAAGACUGGGACCAGAAAAGCAACGAUGUGAGUACCGACACCUCCUUUGAAGAGUCGUCUCUGUUUGAGAAAGAGCUGGAGAAGUUUGACCAGCUGCGAUUUGGCCAGCUUCGGAAGAAAAUCUGGAUCCGAAUGGAGAACCCGGCGUACUGUCUGUCUGCCAAGCUGAUUGCCAUCUCAUCUUUGAGCGUGGUGCUGGCCUCCAUUGUGGCCAUGUGUGUUCACAGCAUGUCGGAGUUCCAAAACGAGGACGGGGAGGUGGAUGACCCGGUUCUGGAAGGUGUGGAGAUUGCUUGUAUCGCUUGGUUCACUGGAGAGCUCGCCAUCCGGCUGGUUGCUGCUCCCUGUCAGAAGAAAUUCUGGAAGAACCCUCUGAACAUAAUAGACUUUGUCUCCAUUAUCCCCUUCUAUGCCACGUUGGCAGUAGACACCAAGGAGGAAGAGAGCGAAGACAUCGAGAACAUGGGCAAGGUGGUCCAGAUCCUUCGGCUGAUGCGGAUUUUCCGAAUUCUGAAGCUUGCCCGGCACUCUGUAGGCCUGCGAUCUCUGGGUGCCACGCUCAGACACAGCUACCAUGAAGUGGGGCUGCUGCUUCUCUUCCUGUCCGUGGGCAUCUCAAUCUUCUCUGUGCUUAUCUACUCUGUGGAGAAAGAUGACCAUUCAUCCAGCCUUUCCAGCAUCCCCAUCUGCUGGUGGUGGGCCACCAUCAGCAUGACCACCGUGGGCUACGGAGACACCCACCCGGUCACCUUGGCUGGAAAGCUCAUUGCCAGCACAUGCAUCAUCUGUGGCAUCUUGGUAGUGGCCCUGCCUAUCACCAUCAUCUUCAACAAGUUUUCUAAGUACUACCAGAAGCAGAAGGACAUUGAUGUGGAUCAGUGCAGUGAGGACCCACCAGAGAAGUGUCCAGAACUACCUUACUUUAACAUUAGGGAUCUUUAUGCACAGCGGGUGCACACAUUCAUCACCAGUCUGUCUUCUGUGGGCAUUGUGGUGAGCGAUCCUGACUCUACAGACGCUUCAAGCAUUGAAGACAAUGAGGACAUUUACAACACCGCAUCCUUGGAGAAUUGCACAGCAAAAUGAGCAGGGAUGUUUGUGCCUGUAUCUCUUGUCCCUUCCCAACAUUAGGUUAACACAGCUUUAUAAACCUUAAUGGGUUCAUUAAAAAUCAUUUAAUUCUCAGGGUGUACCUUUCAGCCAUAGUUGGACAUUCAUUGCUGAAUUCCGAAAUGAUAGAGUUAUCUUUAUUUUUCUCAGUGAGAUCAAUUAAAUGCCUUGUGCUGAAAUUUAUUUUUUACAAGAGAGAGUUGUGAUAUGAUUUUUGGGAAAAAAAUGGAACAUGCUCUUGGAUGGGGUUUGUUGCUGUGGCUUAUGUGUCAUUCUUUGUUUGUCAUUUACUCACAUUGAGCUAACUGUAAACUACUGACAGGUAGAGUCAAAGGCCCAGCUGGCAGAAGACUACAUGCAUGUAUGAUUCACAAAACGAGACCAUGCAUGUAAAUCCAUGUUCAAGUUCUUGACAUGGAAAUUAGGAACCUAAUAAACUUCCUAAUUGAGUAUGGA